AUGGGACAAGGAUCAUCAACAGCAGCAGAUAGUUCAUCACACCUGGAGCAAUUCACUAAAGACCAAUUGCACAAGUUGUUUUAUGCGCGAUGCAUCUCCCUCUUAAAACCAAUUGAACUUGCAUUCUUGCGAUCUAAUUUAAAUAUCAACCCCGAGGAAGAACAAAUAUCUAGAGUCAUUUCCAAGCUAGAAUUGGCCAGUUUGUUGAAAUUAGGGCAGACUGAAGAUGAUUUAACCAAAGGAGAACUCAAUGAUGCCAUCGAUGUGAUUUACAGGUCAUUGGUAUUUAUUGGUGGGUUGCCGUUUUUGGAACAAGGAGAAGAGGGAUUGAGUUUGGAAAGAUUAAUUGUCGGGAUCAUAUUUUACAGUGGUCAGUAUAAAAAGAUUUUCACCACGUUUGACUUUACCAAGUUGUUUUACUUAUCGUUGGCAUUACCCAAGGCACAAGUACAAGUAGAAGAAAAAUCAGAGAAGGUGCCAGAUGAGGAACCGAAGGAGGAUGAGAAAAUAUCAGUUGAUAUGUUGUUGCCAUCCCAACCUGAAGAUCCUCCUGAAUUGAAAGCAAAGAAGAUCAAUUGGACAAAAUUGCCGUCAACCCAACUAGACCUUGCAACUCCUAAAUUAUGUGCAAAGCGCUUACAAUUGAUACUCACACUACUACUUAUUCAAAGUUCCAUAAAUAAACAAACCUUGGAUGUGCAAAUAGAGACAAUUCUUGAAAAAUGGAGCCAAUUUCUGGUUUACUCAACAUACAUAUCAACAUUUCUAAAUUUGAACAUCAAAAAAGACCAUUCAAUCACGUUUGAACAAUUCCAAACUAUAAACGAUUUGGCUCCUGAUUUUAUUCAGAAAAAAUUACUCAGUUUAAUGACAAAUAGUAUAAUAUCCACUAAUGCACGAACCCAGAAACCACCACAUACGGAUAUUCCUCAUAUUGAACCAAUGACUCCACCACCCUCAGCAUCCAGACACAAGUUCCCUGAAUUCAUUGAAUCCAAACUUGUAAACGCAGCAUUUUUGGCAUAUAUAUCCCUGCUUCUUUCCCGAUCAAUCUCUCCCCAAAACAUUGUAAAGUUAUACGCUGGUUCUGAGUCAGGAUUUUCAAUUCGUUCUUUAGAAUCAAAAAUCUUUAAAUGGCAAGCUCCUACACUAUUCAUAAUCUCGGGAAAGCGACUCAAAUCGAAAAUCAUAACCACCAACAAACGAUACCAGGCUUUUGAUCAUGAAUACCCUCGAUAUUUUCUCACCCUGGAACAAACACUAAAACUGUGGCAAAAUGACGGCGAGAGAGUCACAUAUGCUGUAUAUAUAAAUUCUCCAUGGAAAAACUCAAACAAGGUAAAUUUCGGUGAUGAAAACACAACCAUCUUGUCCAUACAACCGCAUGCUGACAAAUUCACCAGUAUCCAUAGUUCAGUGAUUCAGGGCAAACUGAUUUAUUUUAAUAAUCUAGGAAUGGGGAUCGGAUUUGGCAAUUCCCAGCCAUUGAAUAAGAAUGGAACGAGGAAAUAUUUCCCAGGGGAUGUUUCACUUACUAUUGAAGCUAACUUGGAGUUUGCUGUUUUCAGACACGUUCUCCAAUCGUCUUCUCCCCAGGUGCAAGCUUUCUUUGAGAGGUCAGUUCAAGAAACGAUCAGAAAUGAACAAUAUGAAGAUAGAUUUAUAAUCACCGAUUUAGAAGUUUGGGGGGUUGGUAGCUCUCGCGAGUUGGCUGAACAACAGAGAGAAUGGGAAUGGGAGAAACAACAGGCUGAAGCUAGACAGAGUGUGAAUAUUAGAAGUUUGGGAGAAGAGCGGGCGUUCUUGGAGAUGGCUGGAUUAGUAGGUAAUCAUGGAGCAGGUGGAUCUGUAUGA